CAAACAACAGAUGGACCCUCUCAGCAAAGCAGCUACAAAAUACAGAAGCAGUCAAAUAAAAGACAACAAGACUUGGUAUCACUAUGUUACCCAUACGUUCUUUGGAGAAAAUCAUGCUUAUUAUUGUGCUGUGGGGUCUUUGCAGUUUGCUAUAUCUGGAGGGAUUACCAAUCAGCAAGAGGUCGAUCAGUGAAGUUCAGCUCAUGCACAAUGUUCGGGAGCACAAGGAGAUGUUAGAAAGGCAGGAUUGGCUUCAGCUGAAGCUCAACAAUAUCCUCAUCCCCUCAAUAAAUGACUCCCAGAAGGAGCAAAAAGGGAAAACCAACGGCCCAUCUAUCAGACGUUUAAGAAAGGAGGAAGGUGCGGCGUGUAUCUUGAACUGACAUUGUCAAAACUGAUGUUUCUGAAAAGCUAAUGAACUCUAAAUAAUGAAAAGUGUUUUCUCAGUAACGUCAGUGCAGGAGGAGGACACAGUAAGUGUCAAUUAAAAUAUACUAUUGUACUCGGAGAAAGAAUGUGCACUGCUUUACCUAAUGUCUUUUUAAUUUAUUUUCACAUAGUUUUAUUUAUUUAUUUGUAAAUAAAUGUUGUUGUUUAGAUAUUUAAACAUAUUGUUCAGAAACUGUGUAGGACAUACAAAGGACAAUGUCUUAACCUUGUAGUAGGCCUCUCUGUUCUCACUGUUUUCGUUUCAGUUCAGUACUGUACUGACUUUUUAAAUGUACUUUCAAAAAAUAUUUGUAUUUAUUUUUAGACAUCCAACAAUUGCACUAAAAUGUGGACCAACUGGAUGUGUUUAAUUAUACACUAUAUUACAGAACAAACUAGACUGACUUACUUUGUG